AGCUGUAUGCAUUAUCAAAGGCAACCAGAAAAAGUUUAUUGUUAAAUAAACCCCGAACCGCCAGAAUAAAGAAUAAAUUAUCAAUACAACAACAGCAACAAGUACACAACGCAAGCAAACAAGUUCCAUUAAACUCUAAACAACAAACUCUUUGGCUACUUCACUAUAUGGACUGGUAUGUUAAUUCGUUAAUAUAGCUCAAUAGGAACGCAUCGAAUUAAGCAACGAUUUUUGUUUAAGAAAAUGCCUCUUAAAGGUAUUAAAGUAUUGGAAUUUGCCGGUCUGGCCCCAGCACCGUUUUGUGGAAAAAUUUUGGCUGACUUUGGGGCAAAGGUUACUGUUAUAGAUAGGGUCCCAGAUAAUCAUUUCAAUUGUAUGAAUCGUGGCAAACGUGUUUUGGCCAUUAAUCUAAAGGUGCCCGAAGGACAAAAACUUGCCCGCAAAUUGGCCGGAACUCAAGAUGUUCUCAUCGAACCAUUCCGUCCGGGAAUUAUGGAAAAACUGAAUUUGGGUCCCGAAAUUCUUUGCAAAGACAAUCCCAGACUCAUUUAUGCCAGAUUAACAGGCUUUGGCCAACAUGGUCGAUUGGCUGCUCGUGCUGGUCAUGACAUAAAUUAUGCCGCCAUUUCUGGUGUGUUAUCCAUGUUGGGUAAUAAAAACCAAAAACCACAACCUCCCAUAAAUAUAUUGGCAGAUUUUGCUGGUGGUGGGCUGAUGUGUUCUUUGGGUAUUUGUAUGGCCCUGCUGGAACGUCAUCGCUCAGGACGAGGCCAGGUUGUUGAUUCGGCAAUGGUUGAUGGUGCAGCAUAUGUGGCAAGUUGGCUAUUUAUGGCUCGCAAUGUUAUCUCUCUGUUCCAAGGUGAACGUGGCACAAAUGUACUGGAUGGUGGUUUUUACUUUUAUGAUGUGUACGAGACUAAAGAUGGAAAAUAUAUGUCCGUUGGGGCAUUGGAACAACAAUUUUUCGAAGAAUUCAAACAGAAAUUGGGUCUUCCAGAACUUUCUCAGGCUAUUGCCGAUGAGAAUGAAAUGCAAACUGCCAAAGAUUUGGUAACCAAAAAAUUCCUGGAAAAAACUCAAGCUGAAUGGUCGGCCAUAUUUGAGGAUAACGAUGCUUGUGUUUAUCCCGUUGUCGAUUGGGAAAAUGUCAUGGAACAUGAGCACAAUAAAGCACGACAGGCAUUUCAAAAAUUGGAUGAUGGUUGUUUGGCACCCAAUCCGGCACCACGUCUAAGUCGUACACCUGGUAAGCUUUCAACGCGGCCCAGCUCAUCGUCGGAGGCCGUUGAGGAGUCACUGGAUAUUAUUAGAGAUUUAAAAUUAAGCAGCCAAGAAUUGCAAAAAUUAGUAAGUGAAAAAGUGUUGAUAUUACCCACACAAGCUAAAUUAUAAGCGAAAUAAGAAAACUA